CCUCCCCGUUCUUAGUUGGAGUUUAAUCGCCGCUCAGCGUGGACGCGUUCGUAACGGUACUUUCGCGCGUGUUUCAGUGUUUUGCUGUGCUGUUGCAAGCGCAGCCAACCAAAGGAAUUUUCUACCAUUUUUUCCCACGAUUAAAGGCAGAGCUGUUGUUGGUGGCGGUGGCAUUCCCGGCAGUGCACGCAUUUGGGUAUCUUGUGCGACGGAUUGGCAGACGGAGUUUUGAUUCCGGUGAACCGCGGUUGGUCAGUCUGCUGAUUUGGGUGAUAAUUUGGGGCUUCCGAAUGUGAGAAAAAGCCGCCAACGACAACGAAAACAACGUGGCUCACGAAGAAGCGAUUUGUUACGCAAAGUGAAUGGCGCCCAGCUGGAACCUUCUCCAGUGCAGGGUCAAAAGCUGAAGAAAAAUGUCUUGAUUUUUGGGUGUUUAGUUCAGUGUAAUCCGGAUAGUGGAGCCUAAUUUUUAAGAAAAAGGCCAACCGAGCAAGUGUGAAGAAAAGAAGAAAAGUUUCACCAAUUAGCAGAAUUUUUCGGAAGCGGCUGGAACAGGGUACCACCUCCCGGUCUUCCCGGUCCCCACCCCACACCCGUUGGACGUGGAACGGAACCGCACACACACACAGACACGCAGGCCUGUGGGGAGACCGCGAUAUUGGAGCUAGAAAGAAAGAAGCAAGGAAGGAACGAAAAACAUGUCAUCAACGGAGCUGUACGUAAAGGACGCCCGCGUGUGGAUCCCCCACCCGGAGACGGUAUGGCAGGGUGCGGUGGUGCUCGCCGACUACCGCAAAGACACCGGCACGCUCGAGCUCGUGACGGACCGGGGCGCCGAGAAGGUAACGCUCCAGGUCAAGUCGACCGCCGAUCUGCCCCACCUGCGCAAUCCGGCCAUCCUGAUCGGCCAGAAUGACCUUACAGCGCUGUCCUACCUGCACGAACCGGACGUGCUGUACAACCUGGAGGUACGGUUCUGCGACCGGCACGCCAUCUACACGUACUGCGGCAUCGUGCUGGUGGCGAUCAAUCCGUAUGCAGAGCUGCCGUUGUACGGGCCGGAUCUGAUCCGGGCGUACCGGGGUCACUCGAUGGGCGAGCUGGAGCCGCACAUCUUUGCGGUGGCCGAGGAGGCGUACGCCAAGCUGGAGCGGGAGAAAUGUGAUAUUAGUAUAAUUGUUAGCGGGGAGUCCGGAGCGGGGAAGACCGUUUCGGCGAAGUACGCGAUGCGGUAUUUUGCUGCGGUUGGGGGUAGCGAAUCGGAGACGCAGAUCGAGAAAAAGGUACUGGCCAGCAAUCCGAUCAUGGAGGCGAUCGGCAAUGCCAAGACUACGAGGAAUGACAACAGUUCGAGGUUUGGCAAGUUUACCAAAUUGUUGUUUACUAACAAUUUGUCCAUGAUGUCCUUGACUGGGGGGACCAUGCAGACGUACCUGUUGGAGAAGUCCCGGGUUGUGUUUCAGGCUCCAGGUGAGCGAAACUACCACAUCUUCUACCAACUGUGCGCCUCGAGAAAGCAAUAUCCGGAGCUGAUGUUGGACCAUCAGGACAAGUUCCACUUCCUGAACCAGGGUCAAUCGCCGGACAUUACGCGUGUGUCGGACGAGGACCAGUUUAAGGAAACGAUGAACGCGUUGAAGAUCCUCGGGUUUGACGAUGGCGAGGUCAACGACAUCAUGAAGAUGCUGGCCGCUGUGCUGCACCUCGGAAACAUCGACUUUAGCCACAAGUACAAGAAGCAAACGCAGGAGGUCGACCAGGAGGCUUGCAGCGUUGCGUCCGACGACCUCCAUCUGAACAUCUUCAGCGACAUCCUGAAGCUGAACCGGGACGAGCUGCGCAAGUGGCUCGUGACGCGCCAGAUCGAGUCGUUCAAUGACAGCGUGCUGAUUCCGCAGAACAAACCCCAGUCGGAAGCUUCACGGGAUGCGCUUGCGAAGCACGUGUACGCCGAGAUGUUCCAGUUUAUCGUGAAGAAGAUCAACCGAAACUUGGCGGGUGGAAAGAAGCAAAACUGCUUCAUCGGCGUGCUCGACAUCUACGGCUUCGAAACGUUCGACAUCAACUCGUUCGAGCAGUUCUGCAUCAACUACGCCAACGAGAAGCUCCAGCAGCAGUUCAACCAGCACGUGUUCAAGCUGGAACAGGAGCAGUACCUGAAGGAGGGCAUCGAGUGGAAGAUGAUCGAUUUCUACGACAACCAGCCGUGCAUCGAUCUGAUCGAAGCGAAGCUGGGCAUUCUGGACCUGCUCGACGAAGAGUGCCGAAUGCCACGCGGCUCGGACGAGUCCUGGGUGGGCAAGCUGAUGGAAAAGUGCACCAAGUACAAUCACUUUGACAAGCCCCGGUUCGGCACGAGCGCCUUCCUGAUCAAGCACUUCUCCGACACGGUCCAGUACGAGUCGCAGGGCUUCCUGGAGAAGAACCGUGACACCGUGUCGAAGGAGCUGGUUAACGUGCUGCGGAUGUCCGAGAUGAAACUGUGCCAUAAGCUGAUGACCGCGCAGGACGAGACGGCGGAAACGCCGGACGUGAGGAGUCCGGGCGUGAAGCUGGUCGUCAGCGCCGCCAAGAGUCAGCCUGCAGAUAGACGACGAAAGCCGAUGACCCAGAAGCAACAGCGCAAGACCGUUGGUUCGCAGUUCCGGGAGAGUUUGACCCUGCUGAUUACGACGCUGCACAACACCACCCCCCACUACGUGCGGUGCAUUAAGCCCAACGAGGACAAGGCGGCCUUCAAGUGGGAGGCGCCCAAGAUCGUGCAGCAGCUGCGGGCGUGCGGCGUGCUCGAGACGGUCCGCAUCUCGGCGGCCGGCUUCCCGUCGCGCUGGACGUACGAGGACUUUUACGAGCGCUACCGGUUGCUGUGCAAGCGCGUCCAGAUCGUGGACUGGAACGUGAAGGCCACCUGCACGAACAUUGUGCGCAACUGGCUGACCGACUCGGACAAGUACCGGCUGGGCAACACGCAGAUCUUCUUCCGCGCUGGGCAGGUCGCCUACCUGGAGCAGCUGCGCAGUGACGUCCGCAAGAAGCACAUCAUUCUGGUGCAGUCGCUGAUAAGGCGGUUUAUCUGCAGGAACAAAUAUUUGCGGCUCAAGCGAACGGCUCUGGGGUUGCAGCGGCACGUCCGGGGGAUGUUGGCGAGAAAGAAAGCGGACAAUCUGCGGAAGAAUCGGGCAGCGAUCAAGAUCCAGCGCUACAUGCGAGGUUGGUUGCAACGGACCAAGUACCAGAGGACUCGCAAAACUGUUCUGGGACUGCAAACCUACGCUCGUGGGAUGCUUGCCCGGAGGAAGUUCAAGCUGGCGUUGGACAACUACAAGGCCAUACAGAUUCAACGGCUUUGCCGCGGUUAUUUGGCUCGUCAACGAGCUCAGAAGCAUUUGGCCAGUAUCAUCAAGUGUCAGGCGACCGUGCGGCGUUUCUUGGCUCGUCGUCUCUACAAACGCUUGAAGGCCGAAGCUCGCACGAUCUCCCACAUCCAGAAGAUGUACAAGGGUUUGGAGAACAAGAUCAUCGAACUGCAGCAGCGUUACGAUACGCUGUCGAAGGAGAGUGCUGUUCUGAAGAAGCAGAACGCGGAAAUUCCAGAAAUGCGACAAAAGUUGGACGAAACGAGGCGGAUGCAGAACGAGCUGAAGGCGCUGAAGUUGCAGCUGGAGCAGAAGGACGAAAAGUUGCUGAUCGUGAUCAAGCAGCUCGAGAACGAGCGUGACGAAAAGAUGAUCUUGCUGGAGGAGAAGCAAAAAGAGGAAGAAGAACGGAUGAAGGAACGCGCUCAGAUGGAACAAGACCUAGCCAAAAUGCGCGAUCAGGUUAACGAGAUCAACAACGUGACCAAGAUCGAGCGGGAUCGGCUACUCUCCCAAGCGGACACCAACGAGAUUCACGCGGCCUACCAGCGCAUGGUCAAGGACAAAGAUCAACUGGAGGGUGAAAACAAUGCGCUGAGGCACGAACUGCGUCGCCUGCAGCACAUGAUCGCCAACAACCACGACCUGAAGACGCACUCGCGAUCGGUGAGCAACGCGUCCAGCACCAACGAGGAGGACUACGGGUACAACUCGGGCAAGAACACGCUGGAGAUUCGGCCCUCGCCGCUUUCCUACGAAGGUGAAAUAAACAACAACCUCAAGUUGGUUAGUGGUAAUGUUAGUGCGAUUCCCCCGUUGUUGGGUGGUCCCCGGUCCAGUGUGUCCGUUGCUCCUCCCCCCGUUACCGGUAGUGGUAGCGUGAGUAGUACCAGCAGCAGCAGUAUUGGUGGUACCCCAUCGAUAGGUAACCACAUUUCUAGUCAAAGAGCUUCCACCGAAGCGUCCGCCGCCAAGGGUAGAGUGUCCAUGAGCGAUUACGAUCGCUUGUUCCGGACUCCACCGGAGUCCUUCAGUAUGUUGCAAGACCACUCCACGCCAAACACCACCGAAACGCCGGAGAAGGACCAGACCGCCAUCAUCCUGAAGAUGCGCAAGCUGUUCGAGCAGGAAAAGGACAAGAGCGACCAGCUGCGCAAGGAGGUGGCCCGGUUCCGCAAGAGUUCCUCGCUCAGCACGGAGGACUCGAUCCGGGCUUCCGAGCUGGAGGUCGAGAUCGAGAAGCUGCGGCAGGACUACAAUUUGCUUCGGAACAGUAUUAAGCGUGGCGUUGAGGAGCGCGAAAUGGAGGCGCAAUAUCUGGCUCUUCAGGAGGAGUUGAAGCGUCGCCGGGAGGAGUGCAUCUCGCUGAAGGCGGUGCUGGCGCAGCAGAGUCAGAGCUUGAGGACGCUUGGUCAGUCGAGGGGGAAUAAUAAUGGAGAUAGCAGCAUGAGCAGGAUUCAUGACGAGGGCGAGCUGAUGGAGGCGUUCCAGGCGCAGAAACUGGUCAAUAGACAGCUGGAGGCAGAGUUGAGUGCCAUGAUGGAAGCGAACAACGAAACGCUGGUGGAGAACAACAAGUUGUUUGAGGCUUUGCGGAAGGAAGUGGGCGAUUUGCAGAGUAUACUGCAGAGCAGACUUGAGAACACGGAGAAUGCGGACGUGGAAACGCUCAGGUUGAACGAGCAGUACCUGAGGCAUGAGUUGAAGAAGUCGAUGGCGGCGUACGUUGAGUUGCAGGAACAGAUCAACGAACUGCUGGUGAAGAUCAACGAGCUGACCAAGAAGAACCACAUUUUGUCGAACCGGUUGAGGGAUCACGGCUUGAACGAUUCGAUAUUGAUGAACGAAGAGUUCCAGAACAUGGUGACGGUCAAGAAGAAGGCUCAGUCGAACCAGGGUAUUUUGAAGUAUCGCCACGAGGAUGAAACAAAGAUCAUCCAGCGGUUGGUGACCGAUUUGAAGCCACGCGUUGCUGUUACGCUGGUGACGAGCCUGCCUGCUUACGUCGUAUUUAUGUGCAUUCGGUACACCGAUUUGGUCAACACGGAUCAGCACGUGCGCUCGCUACUGACGCGGUUUGUGCAGAUGAUCAAGCGACUUUUCAAGGCACCGAACCCGGCCGAGAUCCGGGUCAUGUGGCUAGUCAAUACACUCACGUUACACAACCUGCUGAAGCAGUUUGGCGGCUACCCGGAGUACAUGCAGUACAACACCGAGCCGCAGAACCAGCAACAGCUGAAGAACUUUGACCUGUCCGAGUACCGGCAGGUGAUCCACGAGACGAUCAUCCUGAUGCACGGCGUGCUGCUGCGGCAGGUGCAGGAAUCGAUCAAGCAGUUCAUCGUGCCGGCCAUCCUCGACCACGACGAAACUUCGCGAGGAAAGAGCCGUGGCCGUACAAUGUCGCUGGACAUGUCGCCCGAGCAGAACCGCGAGCCGAAGACGCUGGUCCAGCAACUGGACAUCUUCUACAAACAUCUGAGCAGCUUCGGCAUGGAGAAUUACUACAUCGAGCAGAUCUGCAAGCAGCUAAUGUACUACAUCUGCGCGGUGGCCGUCAACAGUCUAAUGCUGCGCGGUGACCUCUGCAUGUGGAAGACGGGCAUGAAGAUCCGCUACAACGUGGGCUGUCUGGAGAGCUGGGUGCGCACCAUGUCGAUGGACCCGGACGUGGUGAAACCGCUGGAGCCGCUGAUUCAAAUCUCCCGCAUCCUCCAAGCUCGCAAAACCGAAGAGGACGUCCAGACGCUGCUCGAGCUGAGCACGUGCCUCACGACGGCGCAGAUCUUGAAGAUCAUCAAAUCGUACACGACGGACGACUGCGAGAACGAAAUCAAGCCGAUCUUCAUCGAGAAGCUGACGAAGCAGCUGAACGAGCGCUCACAGCAGAGCGAAGCCGACACGUACAUGAUGGACGAGGAGAUCGUCAGCCCGCUGGUCGUGGUGUACAAGUACAGCGAGGUGAACCUGGAAGAGGUCGACAUCCCGGACGACCUCAACCUGGGCGGGUUGAUCACGAAGAUCUAGGCGGGGCUCGGGUAAGUACCACGUUCCACUGUUUGUUGUUUAUAUUUUGCGUUGGAGGGGAACCUAGAGUGAGAGACGCGUUGUUAGAAAGCAGACAGAGAGCGAGCAUCUAUUUACAAACCUUAAAAAAAACUUCAAGUUCCAAACAGAAAUCAAUCGUACCUUUUUGCUACGAGAUUGCUUUCGUACGUAUUUUUGCUGAAGAAAAAUUGGCCUUCAUCACUAGGAAACUGAAAAAUCAAGUCGAUUCAAAAUCAACGGUUUCUGCCUUUUCCGUAAAGAGUGUAAACUUUAAGUGCAUUUAUUAGUUUUUUUUUCGCGAAGGGGUAAGCGGUGUAGUCUGCCAAGCAGAUCGCUGCCGUCCCCGCGGUCGAAGAUUGUACACUGUAAUAUAUUGUUGAGUUAUAUUUGCCCUCGCCUCGCGUGUGAAUAUUUAGAACUGUUGGCGAAUCAGAAGAGGGAACUCCAGCAAUAAGAAGGAGAUUAUUUAUUGAACCUGACACAGAGAAAUGAUAAAAAUCGUUAUAUUACCAAUAUUAUAUAUAUAUCAUGUUAGGGCAUUCCAACUGAAGCAAAAGCAAGCAGCACUCUCAAUAAUCGUUUAACGCGAAAGCAAAGUACCUAUUGAUGGAUAGUAAAAUUUAGCAGAUAUAUAUAAACGAAGCAACCACUCCAUACUAGCAUUUAUCGUGAUAGAAAUUGUUGUACUUACUAGCAGUGAGUAAAGAGAAAAUAAACGAAAGUAGUGUAUUUACCAAAUAUACAAACAUUGGCGAAACAAA